UGUAAACAAAAACCAUGUCUACAAACACAAACACGUGAAGCCGUGUCAGGAAGGAAAUUAACAGUUAACAGCAGUAUAUCGAAACGACACUGUAACAUAUGAGACGAAAUGUUCAAAAUUUAAUUUUUAUAAAACAUGCAACACAUAGCAGUGGAGAAAAAACUUGGACAAGGAAGUUUUGCUAAUGUUUUUCUUGUGAAAAGCAAAGGCAAUCAACGUCCACCACUUCAAUAUGCCCUGAAGAUUAUAGAUCAGGACCGGUUUAGUGAGGAUGACAGAGUGAAGUCCGUCGGUGAAGCUAAGUUGAUGUUGCGUCUGCAUCACAGUCACAUCGUCUCAUGCUACGAUGCUUUCCAGUUUGACUCUCUCCUCCUGCUCGUCACCGAGUUCUGUCCGGGUGGGGACAUGUACUGUUACUUAAAGAACCGCAAAUCAUCUUCUCUAGUGGAACCAGUCGAAGAGCAGCAAAUCUUCAAAUGGCUACUGGAGAUCAGUAGUGGGUUAGAGUAUCUUCACAAAUCGAAGAUCUUACACCGUGAUAUAAAAACAAAGAACAUUUUCCUACAAGACAACCUCACUGUUCAGAUUGGAGACUUGGGCAUUGCCAAGCAGCUAGACUUCACGUUGGCAGAAGCAAACACUUUCCUUGGAACACCUAUGUACAUGUGUCCUGAAAUGUUCAAGUUCCAGUCAUACAGCUAUAAGGCUGAUGUGUGGAGUUUUGGGUGUUGUGUUUAUGAAAUGAUGACCUUGCAGUUUGCUUUUGAGACACCAUCCCAGAAAAAUUUGAUCCAAAUGAUUUUAAAUGGUGAGCUACCCAGAAUUCCCAGUAUCUACAGUGAAUCUCUCGCUAGUCUCGCCCAGUCCAUGAUGGCAGGCAACCCAGAACAGAGGCCUCACGCUGCCGAGAUAAAACAAACUGUACAGGGCUACAUGAAAAAGGCUGCUCUGAAGAAGAUUCCACCACGACAACGUCGCAGACUCUCCUCUGAUGUUGUUGACGUCGGUGAUAAUGUCAGUACGGGUGACACAUCGAGAAGAGAUGGCUCAUCUCUGGAUCGUCGAGAAGUGAUCAAUGCGCUGCUGGCAUAUUUCCGAGUGAACGUGUCUGUCGGGUUACACAGCGGGCUGGAGCACAAGACGUUCGCAGACUCUAAAGCUGGACUGUCUAAAACCGUCAAGUCCAUACCAAACUUGUUGUCUAGAGAUAACGAGACCGUCCUGUCACGCAACUUUGGUGUGAGUCACAAGACGGAUAGGAACAAGAGGGAAGAAGUUGAUACUAGUCACGGAAAUGGUCUAAGAUCUGAUGGUAGCAUUAAUGUGAAGUUAGGAAGUUGUGUGAAAUGUGGUGAACGCACUGGUACUAAUCAAAGAUAUGAUGUAAUAGGUGGAGGAAACUGUGAUACUAAUGAAAGACCUGAUGUGAAAUGUGGUGAAGGUGAUGAUACUAGUCAAGGAUAUUGUGUGACAGAGAGUGGUGACGUGAAGUCGUCCUGUGUGACAGAUCUCUCCAAGUGUGGCUGUAAAAGUCUGUCAUCGUUGUGUGCCAGCUGUGUUGAGGACUCCAGACUUGCAAGUCGUGUUCAGAGUCUGAGUCGAGACUCUGAGAGCUGUGGCUGUGAUGUUGUGGGGAACGAUCUGAGUCUCAGACAGGACAUAGACAACCACGACUCUCGUGAUGUAGCGUCGACUUCCGUCCAGUCGCAUGUCAGCAGUGUUAUCAGGUGGGCGAUGGAGAACAGGAUCACCUGCAACCAUGACAACCAGACACAGUUUCCUGAUGAGGAGUUUGAAAACAAGUCUCCACUACAGCAUCAGAUGUCUGUACCAGAUAUGGGGAGUGAGAGGAGAGGGCGAAGGAAAAAGAAGAACUUUCUAAGAGCAUUUUCUGAAAGGAAUAGUUUUGACAAUGAAGUUAAGACCAAUAGUAUGCAGAGUACUGAAUCCAAUUCAAAACCAAACGAGGGUGAGCAAGAUAAAAAGAAGAAAUCUGUAACGCUUUAUACAAGAAGUCAAAAAGUCACCUUCAAGAAAUCAGACAUGGAAGAAUUGAACACAGAAGACUCAGCCGAGUUCAAAGAGACGGAGAACGAUGGCAGGUCUUGUGAAGAAGAACUUGGCAAAGAUUUAUUGUUUCGAGCCUGUCAGUUAGUACAACUUGUAACCGAUGACAACCUCCUCCAGGCUCAACUCAGAGAUCUGCUUGGAUGGCGAAACUACAAAAAGUACAAAAGACAAAUCAUAGAACUCGCUAAUGGAACAACAAAAAGUACAGAAAACAAAUCAUAGAACUCACUAGUGGAACUACAAGAAGUACAGAAAACAAAUUAUAGAACUGUCUAAUUUAACUACAAGAAAUACAGAAAAUAAAUCACAGAACUCGCUAAUGGAACUACAUGAAGUACAGAAAACAAAUUAUAGAACUGUCUAAUGGAACUACAAGAAGUACAGAAAACAAACCAUAGAACUGUCUAAUGGAACUACAAGAAGUACAGAAAACAAAUUAUAGAACUGUCUAAUGGAACUACAUGAAGUACAGAAAACAAACCAUAGAACUGUCUAAUGGAACUACAAGAAGUACAGAAAACAAAUUAUAGAACUGUCUAAUGGAACUACAUGAAGUACAGAAAACAAACCAUAGAACUCGCUAAUGGAACUACAUGAAGUACAGAAAACAAACCAUAGAACUCGCUAAUGGAACUACAUGAAGUACAGAAAACAAAUUGUAGAACUCGCAAAUGCAACUACAUGAAGUACAGAAAACUAAUUUUCUAAUGGAACUACAAGAAGUACAUAAAACAAAUCACAGAACUCGCUAAAGGAACUACAAGAAGUACAGAAAACAAAGUAUAGAACUCGCUAAUGGAACUACAAGAAGUACAGAAAACAAGUCAUAGAACUGUCUAAUGGAACUACAAGAAGUACAGAAAACAAAUCGUAGAACUGUCUAAUGGAACUACAAGAAGUACAGAAAACAAAUCAUAGAACUGUCUAAUGGAACUACAAGAAGUACAGAAAACAAACCAUAGAACUCGCUAAUGGAACUACAAGAAGUACAGAAAACAAGUCAUAGAACUGUCUAAUGGAACUACAAGAAGUACAGAAAACAAGUCAUAGAACUGUCUAAUGGAACUACAAGAAGUACAGAAAACAAAGUAUAGAACUGUCUAAUGGAACUACAAGAAGUACAGAAAAACCAUAGAACUCGCUAAUGGAACUACAAGAAGUACACAAAAGAAAUCAUAGAACUCGCUAAUGGAACUACAUGAAGUACAGAAAACAAGUCAUAGAACUCACUAAUGAAACUACAUGAAGUACAGAAAACAAAUUGUAGAAUUUUCUAGUGGAACUACAAGAAGUACAGAAAACAAAUCAUGGAACUUGCUAGUUGAACUACAAGAAGCACAAAAGAUAAAUCGAAGAAUAGUGGAACAAAGAUACACAAAAAAUGAAUCGUACAACUCAAUAAAGUAGAUAUAGUGGAUCGGAAAUGCAAAAAAAGUACUAGAACUAACUAGAUCAGUGAGAACAUGUGAAGCAACAUACAAGGGACAUGGAGCUCACUGGAUCAUAGUCCGAUACUAAAACUAUAUAAGUAAUAUGUAAUGAUGUCUGUUUUGGUCUUGUGCUGUAUUGUAUAGAAGACUCAUAAUUAUAGGAUAUUAAACGAGCUUCCAUUUCGUAUCAUGUUUAUUUCCCAAGUGAAAUAAUUUUCAAUUGUCACAAGCUUUAGCGAGUGACAGAAAAUUAUUUCAAAGGGACAUAAACAUGAUACGAAAUGGUAGCGAGUUUAAUAUCCUAUUUAGUCCCCAUAAUCAAUGUUAAGUUAUAUCACUCAACUCAUUUGAUUAACGUUCCUAUACGGUUGGAAUGCACCAAUCCAUGACGUCAUCGUGUGAAGUCGAAGUGUUAAGUCCCACUUGGCGUUCUUUGAUAUGUACCAAGAUAUCUUUAACCACAUGAGUAAUAAUAUGUAUAUAAAGAAUAAUUAUUUUUAAUAUUUUGUUUUUAACUGUAAGUCUUCAUGUUUAUCCAGUAUUUACUUUGAAUCUGUGAAUUGUGUGUGGGUUUUGAAUUAAAAUAACAAGUUCCCAUUUUCACAAUAAAAAGUGUCAAAAAAACUAACAUUCCAUAUUUAUUAUCAGUUUAAAUUUAUGUAUAUAUAAUAUAUUGCUGUUUUACUCUACAUAUAUAUAUUUUUAAUGACGUUAGUAAUUAUGUACAUUUUGGUUGAUGUUAUUCACAUAUUUAUUGCUAAAUAAUUUAAUUAAAGUAUUAUGUAUAUUUUUCUACUUAUAUCAUUUGUUUUAUUUCAUUCCAAUGCUAAAACUUGUACAAUCUUACUCAUAUUGGUAUUGCAAUAAAAAACAACAACUAAUAAUAAAAUAACUUGUUGGAUA